GUUAAAAGCGAAAAAAUUUAUAUAUAUAUAUAUUUUUUUUUUAAUUCCAAACGAAGAUACAUUUGCAAAAACUUAUUCUCUGGAAAACAAUACUAGACAUUGCAAAAGAGGUUCCCUAAACGUAAAAUCGAGUACCUACCACUUACUUACUUAAUCUGGAUACAAUAAUUGAAAAAAAUUAAAUAAAUAAAACUUUGUGAAAACGAAUAAAAAAAUUAGAUCAUGCGUGCGUUGGUUGAAGAUACAAAAAAGCUAACGGUGAAUAAUACAAUUGGCAAUUAUAAUAAUAAUAAUAUACAGACUGCUGUCACAGUCGCUGUAACAUCUAUUACAUCAACGGCAACAACGAAAGCAGAAGAAUUAGCAAUUAUUACGACCUCUUCGAGUUUAUCAAAUACGGUAACUACAACUGCAGCAACGGCAGCAACUAAAACGUCUUUCACUAACAAAACGUACAAAAUGCAGCAGCAACAGCAACAGCAACAGCAACAUCAACAUCAACAACAGCAACAACAACAACAACUACAGCAAAUGACAAUAAUGCGAACCACCAUUUUAAAUAAUAAAGGACACAAUUGCCCGACCACGGGCGUUAAACUGCGCACAAAACAGACGCAACAUCAUAACAAUAAUAUAGCAUCAACAGGAAAUGCGACAGCAGCAGUGGCAGCCGCAUCAACAGGAACAAAUACGACAACUAUAGUAGCUUUACCGAAAUCCACUCACGCGAAUCAAGCUAGUGAGGAAAUAUCCGGCGGCGUACAAGAUACAAUAUAUUUAUGCAAUUUUCGUGUAUCCGUUGACGGUGAAUGGCUGUGCCUAAAAGAAUUGCAGGAUAUCGAUUCAAGCGGCAAUACGGCAACAACGAGCAGUAAACGUCAUUCACAGUAUACGCAGCAGAAAAAUAAACGUUGGUCUGCAGGCGAUCGGAAUUCAUAUGGCGGCAUCGAGGAUAACGGUAUAUUUGCUUUGCACAAUUUUAUAGCUGGUCGCCGUUUAUUUGAUUAUGAGCAAGAACAAACCUAUAAUACUCAUAUGCUUACUGCUGCACCGCAUGCACGUGAGCCUGGCUUUGUUGGUGUGUUUGGUGGUGGUGGUGGUGUUUCAAAUUCAAAUGAAUGGUCACAUCUCUCCCGUGAUCCAGCCGAAAUCGAACGAAGCAAUUUGGUAAAUAUAUGUAAGCUAGUGGUUAAAGAAUUGCUGGAGCAAUCUUUACGAUAUGGACGUAUGCUCGAUUCGGAUCAUUUGCCGUUACAACAUUUUUUCAUAGUUAUUGAACAUGUCUUAGGUCAUGGUUUGCGUACGAAAAAGGGUUUAUUGGGGCCACGUAAAGAGUUAUGGGAUUUAUUGCAAUGUGUUGAGAAUUAUUGCCCCGAGGCUCAAGACAUAACGGCCAGUGUGCGUGAUUUACCCACGGUUCGCACGCAUAUUGGCAGAGCACGUGCCUGGUUGCGUAUUGCUCUUAUGCAGAAAAAAUUGGCAGAUUAUUUACAAGCUCUGAUCGAGCAUCGAGAUGAUGCCCUCUAUGAGUAUUAUGAGCCUCACGCCUUAAUGAUGAGUGAUGAGAUUGUUGUAAUUAUGGGUAUUCUCGUAGGCCUUAACGUUAUCGACUGUAAUUUAUGUGUGAAAGAAGAGGAUCUUGAUUCUCAACAAGGUGUUAUUGAUUUUUCACUGUACUUACGUUCCAGUUCACGAAAUAACGAUAAUAAUGGCGAUGAUGACGACGACACUAAUCAAAUUUUAGACGCUAAUGGUCAAGGCAAUAUGAUAGCCGUAUUGGAUCAAAAGAAUUACAUAGAGGAGCUUAAUAGACAUUUAAACGCCACUGUCGCAAAUUUGCAGGCGAAAGUAGAAUCCCUUACUACAACAAAUGCUUUAAUGAAGGAAGAUUUAGCUAUUGCUCGCAAUAGUUUAUUAGCUCUACAGGCUGAAAAUCAAGCUAUGCGCCAAAGUGCAGGUGGCGGCGGUGGUGGUGGCGGCCCCCCUUCACUUAGCUCGACACAUAGUGAUAAUAGUACAAAUUCCAAAGAGAAUGCAACUAAUGAUAAAACUUUACUCGAAUCAUUAAAACUCGAAUUGGAAAAAGAGAAAAAGCGAUCUACCGAAUUGGAUAAAGAGUUGAAAUUGCAAAUAUCAUUGAAGGCUGAGUCCGAUAUGGCCAUGAAAUUACUUGAGAAGGAUAUACACGACAAGCAAGAUACUAUAAUAUCGUUACGUCGUCAAUUAGAUGAAAUAAAACAAAUUAAUUUGGAAAUGUAUCGUAAAUUGCAGGAGUGCGAAGCAUCACUAAAGCAUAAGACAGAAUUGUUAACCAAACUAGAAACGCAGAAAGAAGAUAUGGCCAACACCAUAGCAAGUUUAGAAAAAACCUGGAACAAUGAUAAAUCGAAUCUCGGUGAGAUACUCAAAACUACGUCAGAAACAUUAUCGACUCAAGUGAGCGCUUCAGAGGAAAGGGCUAAUCGAGCUGAACAGCGAGCGAUUCAAGCGGAAACUGCGACAAUGAUUGAGCGUGAAUGGCGUGUGUCCCUGCAGCAGAAGGAAGUUAAGCUAAAGGAACAAAUAGCUAAUCUACAAACUUAUGUGCAAGACUUUAAAAGCGAAGUUCAAAAGAAUGGGAAAUUAAAAGCAGAAUUAGAUAGACUUCAUCAUCAAUGGUCCGAAGCGCAGAGAACUUUAGAGGAAUUGGGCAUACAAUUAAGCGAAAACAAAUUAAAGGUUUCCGAAUUACAGGAGAAGGAAAGACGGCAACAGCAAUUAUUGCAAAAUCCUACAAUCUUAUCAUUGGGAGGCAAUGUAAUGAAUUCAACAGUGGGAGCGGCGGGAAUAUGGGCUCCUGAUUCUAUAUCUACACAUUGUACAGCUUGUAAAAAAGAAUUUAAUUUAACUCGUAGACGACAUCACUGCCGAAGUUGUGGGGAAAUUUUCUGUAAUUCAUGUUCAGAUCAUAGCCUGGCUUUGGUCAAUGAAAAUGGUCAACUAGGUAAACCAGUGCGCGUAUGUUUAGCGUGUUUUGCUUCACAAAAAUGAUUGUUAGUAAAUGGUAUUAAAAAUUAUUUAAAUAUUAAGUAAUAUUUUUGUGAAUUAUUAAAUCUUUGACUUCUAACUCUUGUUAUAUAAAUUAACGUAAUUAAUUUAAUCGCUGUAUAAAAAAAUAUACGUACACACA